AUGGCAGCCAACUACCCCGCAGAUCAACAACCUGCCAAUGGUGGACAGCCCCGUCCCCUGCAAAUGGGAGCGAAAGGAGCAUACAUCGUUCGUCUGCUGAUGGUCGGAGACAGCUCCUGUGGAAAGACGUCUUUGGUUCUCCGAUAUGAUCAGAAUGUGUUCUCGACGAAAUUUGUGACCACAAUUGGGGUCGACUACAGAGACAAGAUGGUCAAGAUUGAAGGAGCUCCAAUGAGACUUCAGCUGUGGGAUACUGCCGGACAAGAGCGAUUCCGAUCUUUGACAUCAAAUUUCUUUGGUCGGGCAGAUGGUUUUGUUCUUACAUACGAUAUCUCCAAUAGACCUUCCUUUGAUCACGUGAUUGGGUGGAUGCGAGACAUCAAGACUCGAGCUCCUCCGGAUUGCGAUAUUGUUUUAUGCGGCAAUAAAAGUGAUUUGGACAAUGAUCGAGUGGUCACAUUUGAUGAAGGAAAGCAACUAGCCGAUGACUACGGCGUACAGUUCUUCGAAACAUCGGCGUUGACUGGGCACAAUGUGGAGAAAAUGUUCACAGCUCUAGCGACAACAAUCAAGCACAAGCGCAUCGAUGAUGCCGGACUAAAUGAAGCGACAAUCAACGGCGCACCCAGUGCGGAUGCCGGGUCAGUUGCUGGCGGACCAAAACCUGUUGUAUUGGGAGCACCAUCGCCACAGGAAAAUGGUGGACCAAAGGGUGUCGCAUCAAGCUGCUGCUAG